UUGAUUAGGGCGCGACGCGACGCGACGUUGGAAACCCGGAAACUCCUGUGCAGGAGUGCGCGGUCGCUGUGGCAACCGGCCCUCCCGGGCCGCUCGUGUGGAUUAGUGUCAGGUGCCGCGGAGCAGCGGGAGGAGCAGGACGGGAUUUGUGGAGAGGCGCUGGUGUGCGGAUUGAGAGAUGACGGACAUACUGCGGCUGGUGUCAGGGGCGAACAGGAAGGACUUACCGACACUGUCCCUGCUCUCCGACAAUGAUAUUAACUCUAUUUGGGCUGAUGUAUCUGCCUAUAUUGAACGCCAGAUGACCUUACAGAAGGGGGUCCACCUGGCAGGAUUGGGGACCUUCACCUUCUCUCAGCAGAGGCUGGACUUGGGAAACAAGGUCACCACGAUCCAGAGACCCAUCUUCCUCCUGGCUGGGAAACUGCUCCAGUCUCUGGGUCUAAAGCAGACCAGGCCACUGGCUGCAGCAACACACUUGCCAGUGGUGCAGCUAAACUUUGCUGCCGUGUCCCAAGAGACUCCUUUCAGUCGAGACGUAGUGGAGGGCUGCGUCAGAGAAACGCUCCUGCUCCUCUUCAGAGCUUUGGCCUCUGAACAAAACGUAUUUGUCACAUUCCAGGGAAUUGGACGUCUGUCCUUCACUAACAACAAGGUUCGGAUGAAGUUCAACGGAGACUUUAUUAAUGCCAUGGACGGGACUGGUAGGCUGCUGUUAGCCUUUAACAACAGACCUGGAAGCAGUGUCUCUUUAAUGUCCGGUGGAGUGUCCAGGCUCCAGAGGCCACAGACUGCCAACCCCAUUGCCCUGCCAACUGUCUGCUCUCCUCAGCCAGACGACAAAGCCGGUGACAAAGACGGAUGGUGCUCGUCACCAGCCCCAGACCAGCGGAAUGCAGGAGUUCCCCAACAGAGAGAAUCUGAAUCCCACCAGACACUGCAACCUGCCAGGAUGACAGCUGUCCGCCUCUUUGAGGAAUUGAAUCCAAUACCCGCUAUGGAGGCCAAAGACAAGCCCGCUGCCCUCACCUCACCGCCAGAGGUCGCUCCCAAAUUGGAGGAACCCUGUGUGAAAGCUAGCUGCUCAGGCCACGCCCGUGCUGGACAGGAGCUGUGCUACCUGUGUAUGCAGCGGGCCCGGAGGAAUGUUCCCGUGUACCUGAGGAAGCAGCAACAGGCAGAGGAGAAAGCUCGGGAUAAACUCUUACUGCUUAAAGAACAACAGAGAGACAUACAGCUCAUGGAGGAAGAACAGGCAAAGCUGAAUGAGCAACGUGAGCAUUCAAAACAGGUUUCUACGUUCAACCUACAGAUGUCGGAGAAGAUAAGGAAGACUUGUCCUCUGGACCCUACAUCGUUCAUCUUCCCGGCUCGCCCCCUGACUCCUGUCAGGAGUAUUCAGCAGCACCGUUACAUGAAGGAUCUUCAGAGCCAGAUAGAGAGCCGACGGCAACACGAGGCUCGGGACCAACAGAACCGUCUCCUAAUGGAGCAAAUAGACCAGGUCCAGCUGGUCCAGGAGAUAGCUUCGCAGAAGGCUCAGCAUCUCCAGCAGAAAUACGAGAGAACUAAAAAUUACAAGAGCGCUCUGGACACUCAGUUAGGGGACAAGAAGUGCACAGACCCUCCAGAGAGCCAGGCUGACGACUCCGGGUUCAACCGCUGUGAGACAGCAGGCAGCAACGCAGAGAGCCGAGAGAGGGCGCACAAGCUCUUCCAGGUAAAUUUCAGUGCUGCUGCUCAGAGGAAAACGGAAGAACUGCACAGCCGCCAGGCACAGCUGGAGAAAGACAGGGAAAUGCUCAAAAACAACAGAACGGCACUAAUACUGGACCGCGUUAAACGCUUUGAGAAGAAGCGGGACGUCAGCAGGUCAUUAGAGCACGAGUGGAGUCGCAGUGUGAAUCUCAAACACCAGCGAGAGGAUGAGGAGAGACGCUUCCUGAGGUCUGCCGGUCAGCUGCUGGUAGAUAAGCUUGCACAGUACAAGCGCUGCUGCCAGUGUAAGAGGAGGACCACUAACUCGGGAGAGAGCAACAUCUGGAAGGACUCUUAUUACCUCUCUGGCUCACAGUACAUGAUCUGAUGAGCCGUGUAGCUUGCUGCAGUGCUUAAACAUCUGUACCUCACAGUCUAAACAAAACCUCAACCCAUCAUGAACAUUAAAAUGAUACAGUAUGUUAAACCCACGUGAGGCUCACUUGGAUGUCACGGUGUGAAGUAUACACACAGUGUGUGCUUUAAUUUGAGAUUUACUCUUGCUUCUUUCCUGAAUUAGUGUUUCGUGAUUAUUGUUUUCGGGGGAUUUUGUACUGUGACAAUAGUCAAAAAAACACAGACAGGCUGGAAGAGGCUAAUCAAAAAGUACAGUAUUGCUAUUAUUGUCAUGCAGAUAGAAGUUGAUGCACUUAAGUACUUUUUAGACAUGGCGUACACUCCUACUACUUCCCUUUAUUGAGUGCAGUCUACAAAGAAGCGGGCUAGGUUAUAUUGUCAUGUUAAGUUCAAAAAUAAAAAUUUGCUUAGAGAAAGUGAAAAAAUA